AUGGGUCAUGCUGAAGUUGUGAGUGACUCUGACCUACAAGUUGUCAAUGGCCAUGAGUGGUACAUACCCCAUCAUGGUGUUUUUCACCCAAAGAAGCCAGGCAAGCUUCGAGUAGUGUUUGCUUGUAGUGCUGUGUUUAAUGGACAAAGUUUAAACAGUCACCUUCUACAAGGUCCUGACUUAACAAACACCCUUAUUGGAGUCCUCUGUCGCUUUCGCAUGGAAAAGGUUGCAUUUGCGUGCGACAUUGAACAAAUGUUUCAUCAAUUUAGAGUCGCCGAGAAAGAUCGAAACUACUUGAGGUUCUUUUGGUGGUCAGAUAGUAGUAUGAAACAACCUGUAGUGUAUCGUAUGUGUGUUCACCUAUUCGGCGUCAGUUCAUCCCCUGGUUGCGCAAAUUUUGGGUUAAAACAGACUGCCAAGGACAAUGAACUUGAGUUUGGAGAAGAAGUAGCUAACUUCUUGCGACACAAUUUUUAUGUGGAUGAUGGACUCAAGUCUGUUCCUUCUGUCGAAGAAGCUAUUCGCAUGAUAGAUUCUAUUAUCCUUGUAGGCAAGCAGAUACUGCAGCAGCUAUGUGCACAGAAUGCAGACUGGGAUGAUCCAGUUCCUGACAACUUAAAAUCAAAAUGGGAGCAGUGGAGAAAUGAGCUUAACAUUCUUGGGUCACUUAGAAUAAGCAGAUGUUUUAAGCCUAAGGAGUUUGGUGAAGUCAUAUCUGCUGAAAUACAUCACUUUUCAGAUGCAAGCAUGGACGGCUAUGGUCAGUGUUCAUACCUCAGAUUAAUCGAUAACAAGGGCCAGGUCAGUUGUUCUCUUCUUAUGAGUAAGGCUAGAGUUGCACCACUUAAGCCUAUCACUAUUCCUCGUCUUGAGCUGGCUGCAGCUGUUGUCUCAGUAAAAAUUAGCGUCUUAUUACGACAAGAGUUACAAUUUCCAGAUGCACUUGAGAAUUUUUGGACUGAUAGUAAGGUAGUUAUUGGUUAUGUUGGGAACGAUUCACGGAGAUUUCAUGUGUAUAUAGCUAAUCGUGUCCAACAGAUUAGAAGUCACAGUGAUCCAUCCCAGUGGAGGUAUGCUGAGUCAGAACUCAAUCCUGUGGAUAUUGCAUCAAGGGGUUCAUCGGCUUAUGCCCUUGUACACAAGUCCAAUUGGUUUAAAGUCCCAGAUUUCCUGUGGAAUAGUCAACUUCCACCUAUCGAAAAUGUAAUCCCGCCUUUGCCAGAUGAUGGUAAGGAGCUAAAAAAGGCUCAUACAUUUAGAACCUUUGGUGCUUCUACCAAUCUAGGGGAAAUCUGUUCGCGUUUCGAGUAUUUCUCUAGCUGGAGACGAUUGAAACUUGCAGUUGCUCUAUGUCUUAAGUACAUUGUCUGUCUUAACAAACGUGUUAGGUCGUCCAAAGCUGAACAGCCGAUUGCUCAGACUGAGGGAGAGGCGAGUUGUCAGUCUGCCGUAUCAGUGGAAGUUUUGUUAGUAGCAGAUCAAAUCGUUGUCAAGGCUGUGCAAGCGGAUGCAUUUUAUGAAGAAAUUAAAACUCUCCCCGUAACCUAA